AUGAUAAAGACUGAAAUAAGGAAUAGUAGAAAUUUUGAUAGUUUCGAGAACGAAAAGAGAAGCUUUGAUAUAAAAUUUAUACCAGAACAUGAUCAGGAAGACUCCCAGAACCGGGCAAAGCAGCUCAUGAUCUGAUUAAUCAAGGCUAUAUUCCAGCCAGUUAUUGAUAUUUAUUACAGUACGAAAGACUUUAUCAAAGAUUUCAAUAAAGGAGACGAAGAUAUUAAGGACCUCCUGGAGGAACACAGCAAGAAAUCUAUCUCAAGCGGUUGGGAUGCCCUGGUGAACCUGAAUAGAGUUGCCAAUGCCUUCAUCUCCCUCUUUGUCUUUUGAUUUUCUAACGACACUGCUCUGAGAAAAAGAUGAUUUAUUAUAGUGUCUUUGUUCAUGGCUAUUUAUUCAAUUUUGAAUUUUCUAGGAAGAAAAAUGCCAGAGUUGAAAAAGUACUUCUUUGCUUGAUUGCUAUUGGUCUGGGGCAAUGGCUGUAUAUCAGGUACCUUGAAAACAGAGAAUUAUCACUUUUAUGAGAUGUGGAUCGUAUAUAUGAGCGUUGUAUUUUUAUGAAAUGCAUUCAUAUGACUUCAUUGGAAGUUUUUGGUAAUUCCUAAUGCUGUUAACAUGAUUACAUUAAUAUUAAGAGUUCAUUGGAAAUAUAAUUCUCAAGUAGAAGAUACUUCAAAACCAAAGACGAGUGGAGUUCCCUUAAUGUUUUACGUUGCUACUUUAUUGUCUAUAUUGUUCGUUUCCAUUGGUCCAUUACUUCACUCAAUAAUUUUUCGAAAAAUGCUUCAUUUAAUCAAAGAAAACAGAGAUCUCACAGAUACAAUCCAAAAUAUCUUUCAAAUGUUUCCUGAAGGUGUCAUCAUCCAACAGCUUGGCACACAUAACAAAUUUGUUACAAAAUAUGUAAAAAAAACAGCCAGAGAGUGCAUUCUUCAUGUUGAUUCAACCGGAACCCAGAUAGAUGUAAAAGACUCUCCGGUGAGAGUGAGACAAAGCAAUAAAAAGAGUCGCUCUCCAAGUUGUUCUUUAUCUUCUUUGUCGGAACUCCAAUGCCACAAACUUGAUAAGAUUAAAAAUACUAAGAAAGCUAUUAACUCAAUGGUGUCUUUGUUCAAAAAGUCUCGAAUAAAAGCUGAUCUCAGGGGUAAACCCCGACUUGGACAAUGAGGAUUAAAUGAUCAUGAUGAAUAUGAGGACUGUGAAGAGCCCAAGUAUUACACUGUUAAAACAAUGAAUGUACUUUGGAACCACAACACUCAUUCAUACAUGCAUAUUUUUGUAGAUUCCACCCAUGUUAAGAAGCUUGAGGAGGAGCAGGCUAAGUCUUCUUGCCAAAAAGUCAUGUUUGCAAGUGUGUCACAUGAAUUCAGAACUCCUCUGAAUGCAUUUGAGAAUUCGCUGAGCCUGAUCAAGUUUCAUUAUGACCAAGUCCUUAGCGAAGUUAGGCCUUUCUUGGAUCAACAAACUUGUCUAGAAGUGGAUAGCUACUCAGCCCAGAUUCAAAAGUUCAUCAAGAUGGGCACCAUAUCAUCACGACUACUGAUGAACCUAGUAGAAGACAUUCUAGAUCUAGAGAAAUUCGAUUCAGGAGUCUUUAUGCUCAACAUUGCUUCAUUCAAACUCGGUGACCUAGCUAAAGACAUCUGCUACAUCUUCGAGGAGCAAUGCCAUAAAAGAGGGCUUUAUUUUAGAAUAAUUCCUGAAUUUGAUGCAUUAUUGGAACAUUAUUUUGUGUCUGAUCAAAGCCGAAUUCGACAAGUUCUCAUCAAUCUAAUUUCAAAUGCAGUAAAGUUUACCCAUACUGGAGGUAUCAAGGUGAUCCUUGAAUUAAGGGAAUCAAAUAUUGGAACUCAACUAUGGUUUUCAGUUAGAGAUACAGGGGUUAGAAUCAACAAGAAGAAAGCAAAUUUAUUCCAAAUGUUUAGCAUGGUCAAGGCCCAUCGUAAAGAAAUCAACCAACAUGGAACCGGAAUUGGACUAUAUAUUUCUAAGCGAAUUGUAGAGAGUCUGGGAGGACAGAUUGAUUACGAAUCUAAAGAAUUCAGGGGUUCAACUUUUUCAUUCUAUAUCACUCUUAAACCUCCUUCUGUCUGCCCUUCUCCGAGCGCUGAUCACCUGCCAACCCACUUCUUCGAUGAACACUUUGAAGACUUCAGGCCUUGUUCUUCACCUCAAAAGCAUAAUAAAUCUAAAUUUUUAUUCUAAAAAUCCAACUUUCUA